AGAUUAGAUGAUACAACUCAUACAACAAGUUACAAAGUACAGGUAGCUUAUUGGACUCAAUCUAACCGUUAAUCCAAUAUCAAUAACAUCCACUGGAUUACCCAGAGGCCUUCAGAAUGUAAUGCCAUGAACUUGAUUAUGGGUUAAACCAAACCAAAACAAACCUCUUCUCCUUAUCUUCACACUGAUUUUAAACCUUCAAAAUCUUUCCACGGCUUGUCUGGUAAAGCGGUAAAUUACUAAAAUACAAAGUGGUAUUCAUAUUUUUAAAGUUCAUUGGAUAAAGAGGAAUCUCCCCAUCAAUGGCGCUGAUCUUCUUACUCCCCCCCCCCAGUUAAUAAAAACAUCAUGGCCGCUUUAGAACAAGAUGCUGUGGAAGUUGCAGAUGAUGGAAAUUGGAUUCCUGCAACCCGUCGUCCCGAUGGAACAUGGAGGAAGCCUAUUAAAGUGAAAACGGGCUACGUUCCACCUGAUGAAGUAGAAAAAUACGAAAGUAAAGGCACGCAAUGGAAGAAAAACCAGAUACAGUGCACGCCUGGAGCCGAAGAGGAGUCAAAACCUGUUCAUAAACUCACCAAAAACCAAAAGAAAAAUGAGCGAAGAAAAGCGAAAAGAAAAGAAGCAAGUUCCGAAAAUGCGAAGACUGAUGCUGUGUCAGAAAUUGGAGAACGAUUAUUAAGCACGACAGUUGAUGAAUGUCCCAAUACCAAACAAGAGAAUGGAGAAGGCGUAUCAGAAACAGCAGAUAAGAACAUAGUUGCUAAAAAGGUAAAGAACCUAAAGAAAAAACUUCGACAGAUUCAUGAACUUGAAGCGAAAAAGAACAGUGGUGAAGUCAAUGAAUUAACUAUUGAACAAAAAGAAAAAUUAGCCAGAAAGGAUGCAUUGUUGAAAGAACUUGAAGAACUAGAGGAAAAUCUAAGUAAUGAUCCUUGCUAGUAGUAACAUAUUUUAACUUAUGUUAAUUUUUAACAAAGGGCCCAUAAACCAAA